ACGCGCGCAGGCGCCGCGCAGGCGCACUUCCGCCUGUCCCGCGGAGGCUGUGGCCGCGGUGGCGUCUACUUCGCGGGGCAUGGUCCCCGGGUCCGAGGGCCCGGCCCGCGCCGGGGGCCUGGUGGCUGACGUGGUGUUUGUGAUUGAGGGCACGGCCAACCUGGGACCCUACUUCGAGGGGCUCCGCAAGCACUACCUGCUCCCGGCCAUCGAGUAUUUUAAUGGUGGCCCUCCUGCCGAGACGGACUUCGGGGGAGACUAUGGGGGGACCCAGUACAGCCUGGUGGUGUUCAACACGGUGGACUGCGCUCCCGAGUCCUACGUACAGUGUCACGCUCCCACCAGCAGCGCCUAUGAGUUCGUCACCUGGCUCGACGGCAUUAAGUUCAUGGGCGGGGGCGGCGAGAGCUGCAGCCUCAUCGCGGAGGGCCUCAGCACGGCGCUGCAGCUGUUCGACGACUUCAAGAAGAUGCGGGAGCAGAUCGGCCAGACCCACCGCGUCUGCCUCCUCAUCUGUAACUCACCCCCGUACCUGCUGCCCGCCGUCGAGAGCACCACCUACUCUGGGUGCACGACGGAGAGUCUCGUGCAGAAGAUCGGGGAGCGAGGGAUCCACUUCUCCAUCGUGUCUCCUCGGAAGCUGCCAGCCCUGCGGCUUCUGUUCGAAAAGGCCGCGCCCCCGGCCAUGCUGGAGCCGCUGCAGCCGCCCGCGGACGUGAGCCAGGACCCUCGGCACAUGGUGCUGGUGCGGGGGCUUGUGCUGCCGGUCGGGGGCAGCUCGGCCCCAGGCCCUCUCCAGCCGAAGCAGCCGGUCCCCCUGCCUCCAGCUCCAGCCUCGGGCUCUGCGCUCUCAGCAGCCCCCCAGCAGCCUCUGCCGCCCGUGCCCCAGCAGUACCAGGUCCCCGGGAACCUGAGCGCGGCUCAGGUGGCCGCUCAGAAUGCCGUGGAGGCCGCCAAGAGCCAGAAGGCGGGACUGGGCCCGCGCUUCUCGCCCAUCAACCCUCUCCAGCAAGCGGCUCCAGGCGUGGGUCCCCCCUUCAGCCAGGCCCAGGCCCCUUCGCUGCCCCAGGGGCCCCCUGGUGCCCCCAAGCCGUCUCCCGCCUCCCAGCCCAGCCUCGUCUCCACAGUGGCUCCUGGUCAGGGCCUGGCCCCCACCGCACAGCCUGGGGCCCCGUCCAUGGCAGGCACGGUGGCCCAAGGCGGGGCGAGUGGCCCUUCCCCGGCCCAGCUGGGGGCCUCCGCCCUGGGUGGGCAGCAGUCGGUCUCCAACAAACUCCUGGCCUGGAGUGGAGUCCUCGAGUGGCAGGAGAAGCCCAAACCCGCCUCCGUGGACGCCAACACCAAGCUGACACGGUCACUGCCGUGCCAGGUCUAUGUGAACCACGGCGAGAACCUGAAGACAGAGCAGUGGCCCCAGAAGCUGAUCAUGCAGCUCAUCCCCCAGCAGCUCCUGACCACGCUGGGCCCUUUGUUCCGGAACUCAAGGAUGGUCCAGUUCCACUUCACCAACAAGGACCUGGAAUCCCUCAAAGGCCUCUACCGCAUCAUGGGCAACGGCUUCGCGGGCUGCGUGCACUUCCCGCACACGGCGCCCUGCGAGGUGCGUGUGCUCAUGCUGCUGUACUCGUCCAAGAAGAAGAUCUUCAUGGGCCUCAUCCCCUACGACCAGAGCGGCUUCGUCAACGGCAUCCGGCAGGUCAUCACCAACCACAAGCAGGUUCAGCAGCAGAAGCUGGAGCAGCAGCGCGGGAUGGGGGCACAGCAGGCGCCCCCCGGGCUGGGCCCCAUUCUGGAGGACCCGGCAAGGCCCUCGCAGAAUCUGCUCCAGCUCCGCCCACCGCAGCCCCAGCCGCAGGGCGCUGUGGGGGCCUCCGCAGCUGCGGGGCAGCCCCCGCCCCAGGGAGCUGCACAGGCGCCCCCAGGCGCUGCCCAAGGCCCUCCCGGAGCGGCUCCCGGCCCAUCCCCUUCUGGACCCAUCCUUCGGCCCCAGAAUCCUGGGGCCAACCCCCAGCUGCGCAGCCUCCUCCUCAACCCACCGCCGCCCCAGACCGGGGUGCCCCCCCCACAGGCUUCCCUCCACCACCUCCAGCCACCAGGGGCCCCUGCGCUGCUGCCCCCGCCACAUCAGGGCCUGGGGCAGCCCCAGCUGGGCCCCCCGCUCCUGCACCCGCCACCCACCCAGUCCUGGCCUGCCCAGCUUCCCCCGCGGGCCCCACUGCCAGUGACACAACCAAAGAGAGAACGAGAGGGCCCCGUGUUUCGAAAAAAAUGGGAACGAGACUAUUUCUUUGUGGAAGUGAAGAGCAUGCCUACGUGUUUAAUAUGCAAAAAAAUAAUGUCUGUGUUGAAAGAGUACAACCUGAAACGUCAUUACGAAUCAAAGCACAGUAAGAGCUUCGACCAGUACACAGAGCAGACGCGAGAUGCGAUACUCAAUGAACUGAAAAAGGGUCUUAAGUGUCAGUAGGGUUUGGAAAGCCACCAGUAGAAACCACACGGCUGCCACACGCAGUUGCACAAUGACAUGGAAAGAGUUACCCGGGCAUUAAAACCUCCCACAGACGGCAAGUUUGAAAUGUGGUGGAGUUGCGGGCCCUGGACGGAGGAGACGCACAGCUGUCGAGGCCUAACAGGCGUUCAUCUGCAUUGCACGGCGUGUUGACGAGAAAUCAGAAGACUUACGAGUCCGAUUGCUCGAAAGAGUCACAUUAGUUGUGGCCUUUUCUAUCCCUGCGCAUGAACCAUUUCCACCCAGUUAGCUUUAUUUAUUUGUGAAGUUGAGGAUUUCCACGCGGCCGAAGAAGCCUGUGCUGUGGGGCCAAGGCAGGCUCAACACACUGUGUGUGCACUGAUGGAAGGGCUUUACGUAGACAGGUCGGCGUUUCUCAGCACAGCCUCAGACGGUUGCGGUGACUGAAUCUGUGUCGCAGGGGAAUUAGGCAGCACGCUGCCAUCCACGGUGGUGAUAUUUGGCGAGGACACAAGUCAGGUGGUUGUGUCAAUUGAAUUGAAUCGUGCUGAGAAAGUCAGUGGAAUACACUGUGAACGUCCUCGAUGUGCUUCUGUACCUGAAUGACAGGCGGGUGGAAGGGGAACUUGACCUAGUGUAUUCCACAGAAGCUCGGUGACCCGGGCGUCACGUGAUGGUGUGGGAACAGUCAGAACUGUUGAGACCAAUCUGCUUGCUUGGUUUCACAUGAGGCAAAAGCCACGCCUUGGUUCCCCUGAAAAGGUCAGUCAAGCUUAUGACCCUUCUGAACACUUAUUUUUCCUCAAGGACAUUCACAAACAGCUACUUGAAUGUAUGGUCAUGUUUGCUCAGUCCUGGCAAAAAUGGGGAAGCCAUGGGCAAGGAACGCUCUGACUCCGUUUCCUUUGCUACAGUUGGUUUCCAGAAACAAAAGACAUGGCCCAGACCGUAUUUACCCAAAUUGUGGGGUGAAAGACCCAAGCUCCCCCAAAGGCUUUCUGCACCCAGACUCCGAAAAUGAGCCGAUACCGUCCGGCUUGCCUUUGUCGGUGAAUGUCGGUCAUGUGCCCGCAGAUGACGAAGUGUAGUUACUGAGCCGCAGUGCAGUGGGGCGCUGUGUCCCCAGCGUGGCUCUGCCGGAGGGUCUAGGCCCUACAGCUGCAGUAGUUGUCCCGAAUCUCCCAGUUUGGAGGUUCCCCGCUUGCGAACAGCGGUUUUCCGUUACAAAACGGAAUCAAAUCAAACCGCUCCCAGGAUUCAAGGCUGAAUUCCCAAGCACCCAC